AUGUGCAGAUUCAUGGUCUACAAAGGCAAAGAUGAUAUCCUUCUCUCUGAACUCAUUCUCAACCCUACUCACUCUAUCCUCACACAAUCAUUCGAUUCGCGCCUACGACUAGACCGCCGCCGCCCACACAAUGGCGACGGCUUCGGCAUCGGCUACUACACCUCUCCCUCCUUAGGCCCCACGCCCUGCGUCUUCACCUCCACAAUCCCCGCCUGGAACUGCAUCAACCUCUCGCGCAUCGCCUCCAAAACGACCUCGUCCCUCAUCUUCGCCCACGUACGCGCCACAACCGAAGGCAACCUCAGCGACAGCAACUGCCACCCCUUCAGCUACAAAAGCAUCAUGUUCAUGCACAACGGCGGCAUCGGCGCCUGGCGCCAAAUCAAGCGCCGCUUCGCCCUCAGCCUCGCCGAGAAAUGGUUCAACGUCGUCGGCGGCUCCACUGACAGCGAAUGGGCCUUUGCCAUGUUCCUCGACUGCCUCGCCAACGCCGGUGUCUCCCCCGACAAAGAAGUAGAGCCCGGUGUUGGCUUCGGACAUACGGUGCUCAGGAAGGCGCUGCUGAAGACGAUUGAGCGAAUCAAUGCCUUGAUUAAGGAGGUCGUGGGCGAGCAGGGGGUCGGGGAAGAGGAUAGUAGGAGUUUAUUGAAUUUCGCGGUCACGGAUGGGGUUAGUGUCGUGUGCUCGCGCUAUGUCAGUUCGACGAAAGAUGAGGCCGCGAGUCUGUUUUUCAGUAGUGGGACUAGUUGGAAGGAACUUGGCGGAGAUGCGCAUCGUGGUGCUGCUGCUGCUGCGUCGGUGGGCAGCGAUGAUGGGAGUAGCACUGGCGGUGUGGACAGCGAGGACAGAGAAAGGAACUACGUAAUGGAGAGAAGGGAUAAGGGAUCUGAUAUCGUUCUCGUAGCCAGUGAGCCCUUGACGUUUGAACGCGAUAAUUGGGUCACAGUUCCCACGAAUAGUACCCUAACUAUUUCAAAGCAGACGGUCAUGAUUCAUCCCAUUGUAGAUGAGUUUUACUCCUCGAACCCGGCGCAUGCGCGUAGUGCGCAGUUUGCUAAAGCAAAGGGGCAGACGGUUACGGGGAAGGCAUGA